UUUAAUAAAAGUUGAAGAAUAUUUACAUUUUCUGCAUUAAAUUUUCCACAAAAACAGAAGACGAUCGCUUAAUUCUGAGCGAAGUUAGUAGGAUUGAGAUAUGAAGCUUCUUCUAGCCCCGUUUACACGAUCUUUUUGCAACAAUAAAACACGAUUUGGGCAAGUGUUUCGUAGUGUGUCACCCCGUCUUUGCGCAGGUUAUGCGAAUAAUGCAAAGGAUGAUUUGAAGAAAACUGUCUUGUUUGAUUUUCACAUUGACCAAGGUGCAAAGAUGGUACCAUUCUGUGGUUGGUCAAUGCCAGUUCAAUAUAAAGAUGGUGUUCUUAAUUCACACCAUCACACAAGAACGCACGCAUCCAUAUUUGAUGUCUCACACAUGUUACAGUUCAAGUUACAUGGCAAAGAUCGUGUUAAAUGUCUUGAGAGUUUAGUUGUAGCCGACAUUGAAGGUCUUAAUGAGAAUCAGGGAAUGUUAUCUGUGUUUACUAAUGAGGAAGGAGGGAUAAAGGAUGAUUUGAUAAUUAAUAAGUUGCCAAAUGAACUUUAUGUGGUUUCUAAUGCUGGAUGUGCUGAUAAAAUCACACAACUUAUGAAGGAGAAAUGUGCAGCUGUGAAAGGAAAGAUGGAUGUGACACUAGAAAUACUGGAUUACAGAUCUUUAAUUGCACUCCAAGGUCCUGAAGCAGUCAAGGCUCUCCAAGAAGGAGUGAAGGAGAAUCUUCAUGAUUUGUAUUUUAUGAAUGGUUUAACUACAAAUGUGUUUGAUAUUCCUGGUGUCCGUGUCACAAGAUGUGGGUAUACUGGGGAAGAUGGAUUUGAGCUAUCAGUCCAAAAUACAGAGGUUGAAAAAUUGUGCAAAAUAUUGUUGGGCAGUAAAAUAGUGGAUGUUCGUAUGGCAGGGCUGGCUCCCAGGGAUAGUUUAAGAUUAGAGGCAGGCUUAUGUCUUUAUGGCAAUGAUAUUGAUGAAACUACAACACCAGUGGAGGCAUCAUUACUGUGGACAAUUGGAAAAAGACGACGGGCAAACGCGGAUUUCCCAGGCGCUAAUAUUAUCCUAAAACAGAUCUCUGAAAAACCUUCACGAAAGAGAGUUGGUAUCGUAUCUACUGGACCGCCGGCAAGGGCGGGAGCUACGAUCUUAGACUCUGAUGGAAAUGAAAUAGGUAAAAUAACCAGUGGCUGUCCUUCACCAUGUUUACCAAAGCAAAAUAUUGCUAUGGGUUAUGUUCAAAAGAAACAUGCAAAGAAUGGAACAGCUUUGCAGCUGCAAGUUCAUAAAAAAUUGAUCCCAGCCACCGUCACUAAAAUGCCGUUUGUUGCUACGAAGUAUUACUUGCCAGCGAAGUCCUGAACUUUGUAUUUAUAUAAUUUAGUCCAUAGUCUCAGUUCUAGGGAAUGUUUUAUAGGACUCUUGUUCAAGCUGUUUUUCACAUAUCAGUCAAAAUAAACAAACGAAUAUCCAUGGUGGGUGAAUG